AUGAAAGGAGGAACUGGAGAGCACAGUUACGCUACUAAUGCAAAUGUUCAGAGACGUGCUUCCUACGAAACACGACAUGUGGUGGUAGAACACGUAAGAGAAAUGCUAAGGAAAAUUGCUUUUCCCGGUUGCAUUAAAGUGGCAGACUUUGGUUGUUCUUCUGGACAAAAUACGUUGUUGGCCAUGUCCGUAAUGUUCAACACGAUCAUGGAGUCAUACCAACAUAUAGGUCAAAACUUACCAGAAAUCGAUUUUUGUUUGAACGAUCUUCCAGAGAACGAUUUCAAUACUACCUUCAAGCUGGUUCCUUCUUUCCUAGAGAAGCUGGAAAUGGAUGUUAGAGGAAGGUGCUUUGUCUCGGGAGUUCCAGGUUCCUUUUAUUCAAGAUUGUUCCCAAGCAAGUCUGUUCAUUUCAGUCAUUCUUCUUUUAGUGUCCAUUGGCUUUCUAAGGUACCCGAGGGGCUUGAUAACAACACUAAAAGCAUUCAUAUUAAAGAUCCAUGUCCUCCAAAUGUCUACAAGAGCUAUUUGAAUCAGUUCAAGAAAGACUUUACGUUGUUCCUAAGAAUGCGUUCAGAAGAGGCAGUGCCUAAUGGGCAUAUGGUUCUCACGUUCGUGGGCAGAAAGGUUUCCGAUUCUUUAUCCAAAGAUUGUUUCCAGGUUUGGUCGUUGUUAUCCGACUGCGUCCUCGAGCUAGUCUCCGAGGGGGUUGUAAAGGAAUCAGAGAUGGAAUCGUUUAACAUACCAUUCUACAAUCCAACCGAAGAAGAGGUGAGGGAAUUUGUCUUAGAAGAAGGAUCAUUCGAGAUCAACAAGAUCGAGAAAAUAGACCAUUUUCGUCCGUACAAAAUUGACCGUAGCGAAGAAGAAGAUGAAGACCUAUCACUUCAUCUGGAAGCUGGUAAAAAGCACGCAAGCUGGGCAAGAAGCAUUACCGAACCGUUGCUCGUUGCACAUUUUGGAGAUGCCAUCAUCGAGCCAGUGUUCGACAAGUACGCACGCUACAUGGCCAAGUACCUAAGUGUUUCAAAUCAUCGCCCUAAUACGACACUUAUCUUCGUAGUUUCCUUGACCAGGGUCCACUCCAUGAUGCUGCCAAUAUAA